AAUCCUCAUGCUUUCAAUGCCUCCUAAGGCGAACUAAAACUUGGCCCUGCCCCCAUCUCUGAAGAGUUGCGCGCGGAGACUGAACGCGUCAUCCGCGAACAAUCUGUACUGGACCGCGAUACCAAUGCUCAAUACGACUUGGAAUUCCUGAGGCCUCCAGCUGUCCUGGGAGUUAUCUCACCCACUGAAUCAGACAUGCUUCCUUAUCCCCAGUCGUUCAAAACGGUUGAUGUUCAAAGAGAGGUCGAGAAAGUACGAGAUGCAAGGAAACGUAUACGACUCGAGUCCUCUGCGCUAAGUUCUAUUGACAUGAACUCGGUGCAAGGAGGCGCUGCUCGUGCGCGUGGCUUGCCCAGCAUUUGUGCGUACACGCUACAUGACGUCGGAGAAGGUGCGCCGUGUUGCACCUUCUCACCUGACUUGACUCUAAUGGCGGCCGGCUUUUCUGAGAGUUACAUUCGUUUAUGGAGCCUGAAGAAUGAAAAACUCAAGGGACUACGCAAUGACUUUUCUCUGAGUUCAGUGAAGGAUUCUGGGUCGUUGUCGAAAAUACAGCAAAAAGAAGGACAACCCGAAAGCUCGUCUGCCACAGCGGUCCUGUGUAUUCUUUAUCCUUUGACUUAGGUGUAUGAUGGAUACUAUCGCUCCCCAAUUCCCGCCAGUAUUUAAUACAAAUGAUCAAUGUCUGCUGUGCUUUGGGUACUAUACUAAGUUAUGUA